AUGAUUUUUCGAACAAUCCGAUUGGAAUACACGCAUCCCUACUAUCCAUUGCUCUUUCUUAUCAUGCUCUUCGAUAUGCUUUUCGUUAUAAUGACUACAAUCAGUGCCAUUGAUAUAAUAGUACGCAUCGAGUUCGCGUUCGUCUUACCGCAAAUUCUUAUGAUGGCUACGGCCUAUCCCAUUCUCAUCUCAAUCCUCGAUUUCAUUCUAUGUGUUCAUCGCGUCGCCGUAAUUUUCUGGGAGUCGGACUUCUGGAACGAAAAGAUCCGCUGGUACGGACCAUUGAUGUUCUGCUUGUCGCUUCCCGUCGUUCUCGUGAUCACCAUUGGGUGUCUGUUGUUCGUCGGCAUGCACACCAUUAUGAAGGGCGAUGCGAAGGCGAUGAUCUAUGCGAACGUGGCGCACUAUUCAGACAUUAUUCUCAAAUUUCUGCUCAGCUUUGCCACAUUUCUCGGCUAUUUUCUCAUUUUCGCCAAAUUGAGAACUCAUCGGAAGCGGAUGAAACGAGCGGUUGAUUAUACAAUCAUCAAGCAAGCUUUUCCAAUCGCCUGCUUUCAAUUGGUACAAUUUCAGCUUCAGCGUUUAAGCUUCUCGCAUUUCCAGACCGCCGUGGUUACAACCAUCAUCGUUCACUUGUUGGUCUAUUUCACGCUUCUUCUCCUUAUCAUUCUCACCAAUAUUUUAUUCGUUUUGUGCUCGGGAGCCCUGAUCAUUAGCAUCAUAUUUCUCCCCGAAUCCGAUAUUUCCGUCGAUCUAAGCCUCAUCUGCUUCUGCUAUCCGUCGCUACUAACAAUUCUCGAUUUCCUAUUGUGCGCUCAUCGAGUGUCGGUGUUCUUCACCGACUCGAAGGUGCUCAACGAAAAGAUCCGCUGGAUGGGACCAUCGAUAUUUAUCCUAUUGUGCCCGGCGAUUUAUGAGCUCAGUUAUCGAUCCUAUCAAUACGAAACGGAUUUCGCCGCGGAUCGGCUAAAUCAAUUCUAG